UCUCACAAGCGAAUGCGAAGGAGAGAGAGAGAAGAGCCACCCUUUCUUACAAUAAACAACAACUCAUUCUUUCAAGGCUUCAACAAGAGAAACUUUCAUAGUUUUUCACUCCUUCUCCCAGUGUCGGUGUGCUCUUCUUCUGGGGCAUUCGUUUUUUGCUUCUUCAGCUCCAACUUCACACGCGCUUUUGGUGGAAGAAGCUUCACUGGGAUCACUAUGGUGGGUGUGUGAGAGAGGGAUUACGGAUUAGUGAGUUUUUGUCACUAAGUUAGAGCUAUGUCGUUUCAUGAUUGAUGGGUGGUAGCAGUUUGGUGUUGGGAUUAAAGGUGGGGCUUUAUUUGGAUUCUGUGUUUGUUGAAGGAGCUGGGGUAGGUGGGGCGAAUGUGCUUGAGUUUUUUUUUUAAACCAAAAUUGAAACUUACCUUUCUAUGAGUUUCUUCUGUUUCGUAUUGGUGGCUUAAUUUGGAGUAGCUGUUGCCUCAGAAUGCAGCAAGAUCAGAGAAAAAAGGGCUCAAUGGAGAUGGAAUUUUUCUCCGAUUAUGGCGAUGUCAGCAGGUACAAAAUUCAAGAGGUCAUUGGAAAAGGAAGCUAUGGUGUUGUUUGUUCAGCUAUUGACACUCAUACUGGCGAAAAAGUAGCAAUUAAAAAGAUUCAUGAUAUCUUUGAGCAUGUAUCUGAUGCUGCGCGUAUUCUGCGUGAGAUAAAGUUGCUUAGACUUCUUCGACAUCCUGAUAUUGUUGAAAUUAAGCAUGUUAUGCUGCCUCCUUCUAGGAGGGACUUUAAAGAUAUUUAUGUUGUUUUUGAGCUCAUGGAGUCUGAUCUGCAUCAAGUCAUUAAAGCCAAUGAUGACCUAACAAAAGAGCACUAUCAAUUUUUUCUUUACCAGUUACUUCGAGCAUUGAAGUAUAUUCACACUGCAAAUGUCUAUCAUCGAGACUUGAAGCCAAAGAAUAUACUAGCCAAUGCAAACUGUAAACUUAAAAUAUGUGAUUUUGGGUUAGCUAGAGUUGCUUUCAAUGACACACCAACAACUGUGUUUUGGACGGAUUAUGUUGCUACAAGGUGGUAUAGAGCACCAGAACUCUGUGGAUCAUUUUACUCAAGGUAUACUCCAGCAAUUGACAUUUGGAGUAUAGGUUGCAUCUUUGCUGAAGUAUUAAUAGGAAAGCCUCUUUUCCCUGGGAAAAACGUUGUCCAUCAGUUGGAUCUGAUGACAGAUUUGCUUGGCACUCCCUCGCUGGAUACUAUAUCCAAGGUACGCAAUGAUAAGGCACGGAGAUACCUAACUAGUAUGAGGAAAAAGCAGCCUAUACCAUUUGCACAAAAAUUUCCUAAUGCAGACCCUUUAGCACUACGACUACUGGAAAGGUUGCUCGCCUUUGAUCCAAAAGAUCGGCCUACUGCUGAAGAGGCAUUAGCUGAUCCUUACUUCAAGGGACUUUCAAAGAUUGAGAGGGAACCUUCCUGCCAGCCUAUUACAAAAAUGGAGUUUGAAUUCGAAAGGAGAAGAGUCACAAAGGAAGAAAUUGGAGAGUUAAUUUUCCGUGAGAUUCUAGAGUACCAUCCUCAAUUAUUGAAAGACUACAUAAAUGGAACAGAGAGAACUAAUUUUCUUUAUCCAAGUGCUGUUGAUCAGUUCAAACAGCAGUUUUCUCAUCUCGAGGAAAAUGGUGGUAAAAGUUAUCCAAUUAUGCCACUUGAAAGAAAGCAUGCAUCACUUCCAAGGUCAACAAUGGUACAUUCAAAUAUGGUACCCUCGAAAGAGCAAUCAAACAUUGCUUCCUGCAUAAACCGGCAGACAACUGGGGAAUUUAAUAAUAAUUCCAGGGAUACAGAAAGUCCUGCGCCAAGGUCUAUUCCGGGUCUGCAAAAAUUUUCACAAGCAAAACCUGGAAAAGUUGUUGGGCCAGUGAUUCCAUACGAAUAUGCAAGUGUUGUCAAGGGUACAUAUGAUCCAAGGACAUUUAUGAGAGGUUCUGUUCUUCCUUCUCAACCUAUCCUCCCUACGAAUCAUUAUCAACGAUCAACCUCUGGAAAACAAGAAAGGUCAGCAACAGAAGCUGACAAGGGUGUAUCUUUACAAUCAAAACUUGCUCAGCAAUGUGGUGUGAAUGCCAAAAUAGCACCAGACACAGCUAUCAAUAUUGACACCAACCCUUUUUUCAUGACACGAGCAGGAGUGAACAAGAUAGAGCAGGAUGACCGAAUAGCCAUUGAGACAAAGUUGCUGCAGUCAAAGGCUCAUCAAUAUGGUGGGAUUAGUACCACUGCUCAUAGAAAGGUUGGACCUGUUCAGUAUGGCAUGACAAGGUUGUUCUAGAAGAAUGUUGUCUUGUGAAUAGUUUGGCCAGGUGGAGCAAUCCUUGUGGAGAAUAAGAAAAGGUUCUUCAUAGUGGAGAAGUAGCAGUCUCUGGUGGUGCUUUGUGUAAGACGAUGAUGAUGACAUGAGUUAGUGCUUCCCCAGAAAGAGCCAGCUUUCUCUGGGCAAACCUUGUAAACAUUGGUUUCAGUUAUCAAUAAACUGUACAACCGAAUUUGAGUCCUAUCUUGUAAUUCAAUCCACACAUUCCUUUGCUCAAGAUAAUUUUUUUUUUUUAAAAAAUUUUCCUGCAAUAACUAUUUUCCAAGUAGAAAUAAAUAAAUCAGACUGGUACGUGUACUACUGUACGAGUAAAAAUGUGGAUAAUGUAAAGUGUUUUUAUGCGGGUUA